AAAAUUUUGAUACUCAACCAUCUAUGCGUGGAUAUAAAAGAGUAUAAAUAUCAAGGCAAUUCGUACAAAAACUUAUUGACUGUGAAUAAUUUUUGCAAGUAAUAAUUGUUGAAAAUAAAAUGAUGGUGUCAUCAAAAGUAAGAUGGAUUAUUUUGGCAUUCGUCCUGAAUUCAUUGAGUUCAUGUAAAGCCUUGAAAAUAGCUGUAAUUGGAGCCGGUGCAUCAGGUCUAGCUGCUGCAAAAAAUGCCAUCGAACAAGGACACAUAGUAGAUGUCUUCGAAAAGACUGGGCAGCUUGGUGGAAUAUGGUACUAUACAGACGAUAUAGGAUUUGAUGAAUACGAAGUUGAAAUUCAUACUCCGAUGUAUAAUCAACUAAGUAAAACAACAACGCCGUAUGAAUGGAUGCAAUUCCCAGGCUUUGUCUUUCCAGAUGGCACCGCAAUGUAUCCAGAUCGUGAGGCUGUCUGGAAUUACUUACAUGCCUAUGCCACGUAUUACAAUAUAACAAAUCGAUUAUUUUUACAUCAUAAAGUUGAAAAAGUUCGUUUAAUGUCCAACGGCGAAUGGAAAGUAUUCGUAAGGAAUAUGCCCGACAAUAAGCAAUUGGAAAAACAUACAUAUGACCGUAUUUUUGUUUGCUCUGGUGUUGCUUCUAAUCCACGUAUACCAAACUUUCGGAGUAUAGAUAAAUUCGAGGGACUUAAAAUACACAGUCGUUUCUACCGUAAUCCUGAAACAUUCACAGGUGAGGAUGUACUAAUUAUUGGAUCUGGAGCAUCCGGUGUGGAUAUAACUCGUCAACUCAUCGGCCAUGCUCGAAAAAUUAUUCAGAGCAGUAGUAAUCCAGUGAAACAAACUCAAGAUUCACCCGUCAUAUUCAAAGGAGAAGUAGGACGUUUCGGAAAAAAUUCCGUUGAAUUUAAAGAUGGUUCUCGUGCAAAAAUCUCCGUAGUUAUAUUUGCAACAGGCUAUCUUUUUGACUAUCCAUUUUUGGAUUCGAAAAACUCUGGAAUUGUCACCAAUGGCACUUAUGUUGGACCGUUGUAUAAGCAAAUUUUAAAUAUCCAACAUCCUACAAUGGCUUUCGUUGGUAUUCCUACCUGUUACAAACACAAUCCAAUGUAUGACUUGCAGGCACGUUUUGCAUUAAAAUACUGGACUGGAGUCAUAUAUUUGCCAUCGUAUGAUCAUAUGGAGGAGGACGCAAAUAUUUGCUCACAAAGACCAUAUCCUCAUUUGUUGGGAACUCAUCAAGAAGAAUACUUGGCGGAAAUCAAUAUUUGAUGAACAUAAGUUAAAUUUAACUUAAAAAAUUCAAAUUCAAAAGCUGAUAGUGGAAUUGGUUGUUAAUUUGUAUUCUUUACCCAAACGAGGAAAAUCCAUAUCUCUUGACCCAAAUAAAUACUAAUAAAAUUUAAUGACCAAUAAAUCAAAAUUCAAUUAAAGAACAGCAUAAAAUAAA